AUAUUCCUCACAUACAGAUUACUGAUAGCUGGCCAAGCAGUCAAGCAGUUAGCUUGCAAACUAAAGUAUUGUGCAUUUACCUGUGGAAGGUGCAGCUGUACAAACUGAACACUUAUGCUCGAUUUGACCAAAAAUAUCUUUGAUUGGUUUCUCUGCUAUAGUACAAAGAAGAAACGCAAGAAAUCUUAUGCAAAUGUGCAGAAGUCAAUCUAACAGCAUUUUUCGACGGUGGAUGGUUUGGCUGGUUCUCCUAGGCGGCUUGGGAGCAGUGGUCUGCUCAGCCUCAGACGAUGUCGUAUUGCAAGGCUCCUUCAUUGCAUUUACAGAUGCGAAUAUAUUGAAGGUACCCUAUCCGAGUGAUCCUGGUGAACUUCCUAUCACCCAGUUUGACAGAUCUUCAACUGCAAGUCUCACAAGCCCGGCUGCUUUGUAUGACAAUGGUCAAGCAUUGCAAAACAGCAUACUAGAUGAGCAGUACACGGUAGUUGUUGGCUUGUUGUCCCUCGAAAUCUUCAGGAAUAUUUCAACAGGUUCACUGCUGGAGCAUGUGGAUUCAUGGUCCUACCCUGAUGGUCAUCAACCAACAAAGCUUUUGAAAUCAGUUACCAACCCUGAAAACUUCUUUCUUACAUUCCAGGGCCACCGUCCUUUGGAGUUUGCUAUUGAUAAUGGGGAAAUUCAUUCUAUGCAGUCUGGCAUCGAGGAGGCCGCUCAAACUCUCUCUACACUGUUGCCUUCAGUCGACGAUGAUAUUUAUGCAUUAGUAGUAUCCGGUAAUCAAGUUCGAUUAUUCUCCGUGUCAGAGCAAGAAUACAAAAGAACUGUUAGCCUGGCUCCCAACUGCAUGCAAAUAACCAAUCUCUACUCCCUUCCUGCAAUCCCACAAGAUAGAACAGUGACCUUUGUGGUUAAGUGUAUUUCAAGUGGAGGUCAAGUUGUCCAAUACCACGUGAUUGCGUCAUAUGGCACCAAUGCCCCUCUGGAAUUCACUGCCAUUGAACUGGGGUUUCCUAUUGCAUCAAGUACUUUCUUGGCUGUACGAAACGAAAGUACUCUCACUGUUUAUAAUCGAAUGCACUUGACAAGCGGCGUCCCUCAAUCGCAUACUUUCGAUCAAGAAAUACAAAAGGUUGUCGUUUUCGAGGCACAAAGCAGAACAAUAUUGUUGGUUUAUACGGCUGUUAUUAAUUUAACGCAGGUCGAUGCAUCAGAUUUGUUCUAUGCUGUGCCUGGGGCCAUUCAAUCUAUUCCGGGGACUCUACAAGAUUCGUCUAAUUCUCCCCAUAUGAUUGUCAACGAUGGAUUGGUUGUCGUUGCUAGGAACAAUCAAAAAUUUGAUAUGGUGGCUCUGACAAUGGACAGUACUACCUUUGCUCUGGUAGAAGCAGCUCGAGGGGUAGGGACAAGCCAAUCUCCUAGCUUUAUAGCAUUUGUACCUGAUCCAAACAGCCCUUCUGUAGUGACAGAUGAACCUACUCAGUCCCCUCAGACCACUACCGAUGAAGUUUCUCCAACUACAGCCGCUCUAACUACCGAUAAUCCAACCACAGCUCCAACCACAGUUCCAACCACAGCUCCAACUACAGCCAAUCUAAAUCUAUGGAUUAUAUCGGUGGUGAUGGUGGUGGUGGUGGUUGUGCUUGUUUUAAUUGUCCUGGUUUUGCUUGUUUUAUUUCUAUUAUAUCGAAAAUGGAAGAAAUCCAGUGGAAAAAAAAACAUACGUGCUCGUAAGGACACAGGGAAAGCAACAACUUCUGCUCCUGUCUUUGGCCAAAACAGUCAUCAGCCUGUCGAAGAAACAUGCGAUGCUGAAAAUACAGUAGUGAUUUCGAUUGACCAGGUCCAUGACAAGGCUACAACCUCUCCUACCCCGAAAUAUGUCUUGGUAAGUUCUGCAACUACAUCAGACCAUGGAUACUACUCGGCUAAAGCAACCCCUCUCUCGGUGCGUGGUGAUCUCGGUGAUCCCAACAACUCCCUGCAAUCUAGCCGAAGUGAUGUCUCUGUGGCGGGGGUGGACAAUAAUAGCCUACAAGAAACCACGUCUCUGUAAAGACUGUAUUUAUUUUAAGAGUAUUUUAUUUAUGGUGUGAGUGGUUGUGUGGUCAGUUAGUAGGAUGAUGAAAUGUAUAGUGUAAUUAAAAAUUCAUUGUUGA